GGAAUGUUGAUUUUUGUUCUGUGUCGCUCUCAAAUACAGUGAAAGAGGAGUGGUAUGCCAGAAUCACCAAACUGAGAAAGAUGGUAGAUCAAAUCUUCUGUAAAAAGUUUGCCGAGGCCACGGGGAGCACUGAGCCUAAAGCUGUUCCAUACCAGAAAUUUGAGGCCCAUCCUACUGACCUCUAUGUUGAAGGGCUGCCAGAGAGUAUCCCCUUUAGGAGUCCCUCCUGGUAUGGAAUCCCUCGCCUUGAAAAAAUAAUUCAAGUGAGCAACAGAAUAAAAUUUGUGAUCAAAAGGCCAGAGCUGCUAACUCUCACUUCAACUGAAGUCAUUCAGCCCAGGUCAAACACCCCAGUCAAAGAAGAUUGGAACGUCAGGAUCACAAAGCUAAGGAAGCAAGUAGAAGAGAUAUUUAAUAUGAAGUUUGCCCAAGCUCUGGGGCUUUCAGAGGCAGUGAAAGUUCCCUAUCCUGUAUUUGAAUCAAACCCUGAGUACCUGUACGUCGAAGGCUUGCCAGAAGGAAUCCCCUUCCGGAGUCCCACAUGGUUUGGAAUUCCACGCCUUGAAAGAAUUGUCCGUGGGAGUGGCAAAAUCAAAUUUGUUGUUAAAAAGCCUGAGCUUGUCACUUCCUAUUUGCCUCCAGGACUGGCUAGUAAAAUAAACACUAAAGCAAUGAGUCCAAAGAGUUCAAAAAGGUCACGAAGUCCUGCAGGCAAUUCAAAGGUCACAGAGAUUGAAGUUAAUGUUGAAGAAGGUGAUAAACCGCAAACAACAGAUGUUCGAACUAAUUCUCAAACCAAUGGGUCCAAUAUGAGUUUCAAGCCACGAGGAAGAGAGUUUUCUUUUGAGGCAUGGAAUGCCAAAAUUACUGACUUAAAGCAGAAAGUCGAAAAUCUUUUUAAUGAAAAAUGUGGGGAAGCGCUGGGGCUGACUGAACCAGUGAAGGUGCCGUUUGCAUUGUUUGAGUCCUUCCCGGAGGUUUUCUACGUGGAAGGACUACCUGAGGGGGUGCCAUUCCGCCGGCCUUCUACUUUUGGAAUUCCAAGACUAGAGAAGAUCCUGAGAAACAAAUCUAAGAUAAAAUUCAUUAUUAAAAAGCCUGAGAUGUUUGAGGCGGCCGUUAAGGAAAGUUCUGCUAGAAGCCCCCAAAGAAAAAAUAAUUCAUCUAAUAUAGCCAAUAUAGCAAGUGCCACAACAAACACAGUGGCGAACACAGCUGCAGGUGUUGAAGAUCUUAACAUCAUUCAAGUAACUAUACCAGAUGAUGAAAGUGAGCGUCUGUCAAAAGUGGAAAAGGCCAGACAAUUGAGAGAGCAAGUAAAUGAUCUUUUUAGCCGGAAAUUUGGUGAAGCCAUUGGUAUGAAUUUUCCUGUGAAAGUCCCAUACAGAAAAAUCACUAUCAACCCCGGCUGUGUGGUGGUGGAUGGGAUGCCUCCCGGCGUGGCGUUUAAAGCUCCCAGUUAUCUGGAAAUCAGCUCCAUGAGGAAGAUUUUGGAAUCGGCAGAGUUUAUCAAAUUCACUGUCAUUCGACCAUUUCCCGGACUUGUGAUUAACAAUCAGCUGAUGGAAAAAGCUGAAGCAGAAGCACCACCAACAGCACCAGCAGCAGCACCAGUACUGCCAGAGCCAGCUGAACCAAGCCAAAUAGAAGUAUCUGUAGGAGAUACUACAGAAACAGAAGAAAAUUCUCAAAUAAAGCAAGAACCAGACCCGACGUGGUAGACCUCAUCAAUACUGGUCAGAAGCACCCAGUUCUGAGAAGAGCCUGCCGGGACUGUCUUGAGCUGUGUAAUAUAACUGUAUAAGAGAAGUACCUUCUAUACAAACCCUUUUUGUACUUUUAGAUAGAAAUGUCUACUUUUUCAGCAGUUCUGUGAAUUGACUUAAAGCAAAGAAUGACUGUAGAUUUGGAAUGGCUGGUUUUCCUUUGGGAUAUAUUAUAAGGAGUAAAUUUGAUGCAGCAGUGCUGGGGAGAUGACAGGGAUUAAAAACAACAGGGACUUAACAAGAGGCUGUCUCCAUUUCCCAAUAAAACUGAA